UCCGGGCGGCUGCGGCAGACCCGGGUCAGGCUGGGGGCCUGCGGGGCCGCGGGGCCUCGGCUGCGGACCCUCGGGGCGGCGCGGGGCGCGGGUGCCUCGUCGGAGAGUGUUCGUUUCGCAGAGUGUCAUUGUGCGUCCGUUCCCGGCACGGGGCGAGUGGCCCGCGGCGAGUGCGCGCUCUUGGGGUCCGGGCGCCGCUCGGGGCCGGGGUGUGAGGGGGCGAUGCGCGCGGGUUCGGAGACCCAGCGGCCGCCGUGUUCAUCCUCGGGGGAUCGUGUCGGGGCCUGUGUCGCGGCCCAGGGCUCCAGCCAGUGCCCAGCCCCGCUGGGAGCCCCGGCCAGCACCACGGACGGCACCCAGGAAGCCCGAGUUCCCCUGGACGGGGCCUUCUGGAUCCCGAGGCCCCCGGCGGGUUCGCCCAAGGGCUGCUUCGCCUGCGUGUCCAAGCCCCCCGCCCUGCAGGCUCCAGUGGCCCCCGGGCCUGAGCCCUCAGCCUCACCCCCCAUGGCACCCACCCUGUUCCCCAUGGAGUCUAAGAGCAGCAGGACAGACAGUGUGCGGGCCACCAGCGCCCCCCAGGCCUGCAAGCACCUCGCAGAGAAGAAGACCAUGACGAACCCCACGGCGGUCAUCGAGGUCUAUCCCGACACCGCGGAGGUGAACGACUACUACCUGUGGUCCAUCUUCAACUUCGUCUACCUCAACUUCUGCUGCCUGGGUUUCAUCGCCCUGGCCUACUCCCUCAAAGUUCGGGACAAGAAACUUCUCAACGACCUGAAUGGGGCAGUGGAGGACGCCAAGACCGCUCGGCUGUUCAACAUCACCAGCUCUGCCCUGGCUGCCUCCUGCAUCAUCCUCGUCUUCAUCUUCCUGCGGUACCCGCUCACCGACUACUGAGGCCCCGACAGGCACCGCCAGCCUGGAGAUGAAGCUCUGAGAUGGGUUCAUUUCGUGGCUGAGGAAAGCCGGAUGCCCUGCGGUGGGGGCGGAGCCGGAGCCCCCCUGCAGCUGGGAACCCGGCAGCGAGGCAGGGGGACAGUGAGUUACGUGCCAACCCACGCUCUCUGCCUCCCGGCCCUCCUCCUGUUUCAGGGGGGCCCAUGGGUUUCUUCCUGUGCUGCUGCACCUUGGCUUCCAGUGGCUGCCCUCCCUGCCUGCCUGUGCCCCCGCCCAGGCUCCUGGGGCCCCUCAGACCUGACACCCAGCAAGAAGGGCUUUUGUGGGAGCUUCCCAGGAUCCGGUGGCCGCCAGCAUCUGGGGACUGACUCUCUCCUCCCUGAUGCCACCUCCUCCAAGCCGUGACCCUGCUCAGAGCUCUUGUAUCUGUGAACUUCCAAUAAAAUACCUGCCCAGCUCUG